AUGUUGCUCAACAGGCUGCCGACGCCCUGCCGCGCCCUGAAGGCGCCGGAGGAGGUGUUUCAGAGUCCAGCAGAUCCAUUUUUGCCAAAGUGGACCCUGCCUCGAACUCCGACGAGGAGCGAGUCCGAAGGCUCACCGGCCAUCGCCAAGGUUGCGUCAACGAGCACGGCUGAAGUCCAGACGGACACCACCAGCGCCCCUUCUUGUGCGCGCUGUUUGGCGCCGCCGUGGUGGCUGCUGUGCCUGACCCUCGUUUCAGGACUCAUUUGGCAUGGCGCCUCGUACCUGGCUUCGUGGCAGGCGCAGGCGGAGUGCUUAGUAGAGGCGGCCAUCUUGCAAGAGGAGAGCUGCAUCAGCUCCGUGAGGCGCUGCAGAACUGCCAUGCGGAAGGAUGUGGCCCCGUGCAGGUCAGAAGUGUAUGGUGGUGAUGGGAGAGAGCGGUCCAAAAAAUGGGCCGCAGGCUCGCUUGGGUGUGUCUUUUUUGAGGGAACCCCAUUGACGAUGUGGUUUUGA